AUGGCGCUCCUUGCGCGCCCGCUCGCCCCGCGCCCGUCGGCGACGCCGUCGUCGACGACGCGGUCGACGCCCGUGAACGCGCGCGGGCGAACGAGGGAGGCGCGGGGGGGAAUUCUCGCGCGGCGGUUGGGAUCGGGCGCGACGCGCGAUGGCGAACGAAUGCCGCCGCUUGUGGGCGCGCGUGGGCGCGUACGAGCGCGAUUAGGGGUGAAUGAGACGUUCGUUGACCUCGGCGUCGUCGCCGAUGGGGUCGAAGAGGAAAGAGAGGCGAACGUGCGCGCGACGGCGGGGGAGGGGGAGAUGCUGUCGUUCGUCGUGUUCGGCGCGAGCGGAGACUUGGCGAAGAAGAAAAUCUACCCGGCGUUGUUCGCGCUGUAUUACGAAGGGCGGUUGCCGAAGAAUUUCAUGAUUUACGGCUACGCCCGGUCGAAGAUGACGACGGAGGCGUUCAAGGAUAAGAUCGCGGAGUCCCUGACGUGUCGGUUGGAUUGGAGCAAGCAGGGCGGGAGCGACUGCGCGCAGAAGAGUGAGGAAUUCUUCGACCGGUGCGUGUACGUGGCGGGACAGUACGAUGUCGCGGCGGAUUUCAAGGCGCUUGAUGCGCAGAUGUGCGAGGACGAGAAGCAUGUGAGCGCGGUGAAGCGCGUCUUUUACCUGAGCAUUCCGCCGAGCAUCUUUGUUCCCGUGGCGCAAAACGCCGCGCGCGAGUGCCAGUGCAAAAAGGGAGACACCAGAGUGAUCGUGGAGAAACCGUUCGGGCGAGAUCUCACGAGCUCACGCGAGCUCACCGCCGCGCUCGCGAGUGAGCUGAGCGAAGAGCAAACCUAUCGCAUCGAUCACUACCUCGGCAAGGAGUUGAUCGAGAAUCUCACCGUGAUGCGCUUCUCCAACAUCAUGUUCCAACCGCUGUGGAACAGAAACUACAUCCGCAACGUUCAGAUCAACUUUAGCGAGGACUUCGGCACGGAAGGCCGCGGGGGUUACUUCGACCACUACGGGAUCAUUCGCGACAUCAUGCAAAACCACCUGUUGCAAAUCUUGGCGCUCUUCGCCAUGGAGGAGCCGGCGAGUCUGAACGCCGAGGACAUUCGUGACGAGAAGGUCAAGGUGAUUCGAUGCAUGCGUCCGAUCGAGAUGGAUAACGUCGCGCUCGGACAGUACAAGGGACGACUGACGGAUGGGAGAAAGUACCCGGCGUACUUGGACGACGAAACCGUGCCCAAGGGGUCUCUCUGCCCGACGUUCGCCGCCAUGGCGCUCUUCAUCGACAAUGCGCGCUGGGACGGUGUCCCGUUCUUGCUCAAGGCUGGCAAGGCUCUACACAAGCGGCAGGCUGAAAUUCGCGUGCAGUUCCGUCACGCUCCGGGUAACCUUUACGGGGAACGACAAGGACGCGUCGAGCACGUCACAAACGAAUUGGUGAUUCGCAUCCAACCGGACGAAGCCAUCUACUUGCGCAUCAAUAACAAGGUCCCCGGUCUCGGUCAACGUCUCGACCAAACGGUUCUGGAUCUUCAAUACAAGAGCGCGUACGGACAAGUUCAACUUCCGGACGCCUACGAACGCCUGAUUUUGGACGUCAUCAACGGCGACAAGCGCCUGUUCAUCCGUAACGACGAGCUCGAAGCGGCCUGGAAGCUCUUCACGCCGCUUCUGGAUAAGAUCGAACAGCAAAAGAUCGCGCCCGAGCUCUACCCUUACGGCUCUCGCGGGCCCAUCGGCGCGCACUACCUCGCGUCGAGGUUCAACGUUCGAUGGGGUGACACAGACUAG